UAGUGACGUCCACCACUGCAAACAUUUGCUGCCUGCCAGACCCCCUCCUCUCAGCCACGAUGACCCGCACCCUCUGCUUGAGCUUCCUCCCGCUCCUGCUGCUGUCCCUCUCCUGUCCCGCUGGUGCUGAACCCCGGCGGACCACGUCCUCUCAGCGCAGGGCGGCUCGUGCACCCGCCGCCAAGGUGCGUUUGGCGGGCAACUAUGCGCGAGAACCGCACGAAGGGCGCUUGGAGGUGCUGCACAACAACACCUGGGGGACCGUCUGCGACGAUGAGGUGGACAUCAAGUUGGCCAACGUGGUGUGCCGAGAGCUGGGUUUCCGCAGCGGUGUAACGUGGGCACACAGCGCCAAGUACGGAGAGGGAGCAGGCCCCAUAUGGAUGGAUAAUGUACGCUGUGACGGCUCAGAGAUGUCCUUGAAGGACUGCAAACACAACGGUUGGGGCGUGAAUGACUGUAAACACUCUGAAGACUUGGGGGUGGUGUGCAACCCGGAGCGCAGGCUGGACCAGACAGCCAGUAUAGGCCACACCCCCGCUGCUGCCAGGCCCAAUGGCAGCCCUGCACCUCAGUGGCAGGGUCUUGUGGCCACCCGCACGCGUCCAGGAUAUGCCUACAAUGGAAACGGACAUCAGCAGGAGAUCCCUAGGUUCCAAAGACACCACCAGGGUCACAGUAAGGUGCAAAUCGAGGAAGUCCGUCUGCGUCCCAUCCUCAUGGCUACCAAGAAGAAGAGCAUAAUCACAGAGGGUGCGGUGGAAGUGAAGCAUGCUGGGAGAUGGAGGCAGGUCUGUGACCUGGGUUGGAGUCUCAACAGCAGCCGAGUUGUGUGUGGGAUGCUUGGCUUUCCAGAGGCUACUCAGCACAAUUUGAAAACAUACAAGAAAAUAUGGGAUACCAAGGUUGCAGAUCCUUCAACAAGAUUGAGCAUCAUGUCAAAGAAGAAGGGAUUCUGGGUAGAAAAGGUUCACUGUCUGGGUACUGAGAACAGCCUGUCAGAGUGUCUUGCUCAGCUGUCCAUCCCCCGUAGUCCCAGUCCUUGUAAGAACGGGAGACAUGCAGUGGUGAAGUGUGUGCCAGGACCUCAGUUUGCUCGCAUCUCCUCAGGAAGACCCCAGGCCCCCUACCCAGCUGUGCCCGUGCGUCUGAAGGCUGGCCCCAGGCUGGGCGAGGGUCGCGUUGAGGUGCUCCGGGACGGAAAGUGGGGGACCAUUGUGGACCACAUGUGGGAAAGACCUGCAGCCAGUGUGGUGUGCAGAGAACUCGGCUUUGGUAGUGCAAAGGAUGCCCUGCAAGGGGCCUUUAUGGGUCAAGGAACAGGACCUAUCCAUAUGAACAGUGUCCAGUGUAUGGGGUCAGAGCGCUCCAUCCUAGACUGCUACUUCCAGGAAGUCCAACCGUGGACAUUCAAACACAGCCAGGACGCCUCAGUGCGCUGUAACGUCCCUAAGACCGGAAUGGAGAACAAGGCACGACUUGUUGGCGGUAGAGUCCCAUCAGAAGGCCGUGUGGAGGUGUUGAUGGAGGUUGGGGGUCGUAAGCGUUGGGGCUCUGUCUGCAGUGAGAACUGGGGCAUCAACGAGGCCAUGGUGUUAUGCAGACAGCUCGGCCUGGGCUUCGCUGCCAGUGCUCAUCAGGAGACCUGGUACUGGCCCGGUGAGCCAAAUGCAGCUGAUGUGAUUCUCAGUGGAUCUCACUGUGUGGGCACAGAGCUUUCUAUUCAACAGUGUCGUCGCAACAACCAUGUCCAUUGUCCUCGUGGAGGUGGAACUAAGGCCGCUGGGGUCAGCUGUUCAGACACGGCACCUGACCUCGUUCUGGACGCCCAGCUGGUCCAGGAGACAGCCUACCUGGAGGACCGACCCCUCCACCUGCUGACCUGUGCCAAUGAGGAGAACUGUCUGUCCUCGUCUGCUGCCAGGAUGAACUGGCCUUAUGGGCACCGACGCCUGCUGCGCUUCUCCUCCCGCAUUAUGAACAUGGGUCGCUCCGAUUUCAGACCCAAAGCAACAAGAGAGAGCUGGACAUGGCACCAGUGUCACAGGCACUACCACAGUAUCGAGGUGUUCACACAUUACGACCUGCUGACUCUGAAUGGCACGAGGGUUGCAGAGGGACACAAGGCCAGUUUCUGUCUGGAGGACACGUAUUGCCCCGACGGACUCCAGAAGCGGUUCUCCUGCUAUAAUAUGGGUGAUCAGGGUAUCUCUGUGGGAUGCUGGGAUACGUAUCGGCACGAUAUCGACUGUCAGUGGGUCGACGUAACAGAUGUACGGCCAGGAGACUACAUCUUCCAGGUGGAAAUCAACCCCUCGAUGGACAUGGCUGAGUCUGACUUUAUGAACAAUGUCAUGAGAUGUCGGUGCAAAUACGAUGGCCACAGAGCUUACAUGUAUGGAUGUCAUGCAGGUGAUGCAUACAGUGCAGAGAUUGAGGACCUGUUUGAGCACCAGAGGCAAAUUACCAACAACUUUGUGUAACCCAUCCGAGGGCCCAGUGCAAAGGCCUUCCAAUGGGGCCCAGAGACUACUCAGGAUGGGCUGAGGUCAAUGGCCCCAGGCCCUUGGGACCAUAGGACCCACAAUAACAGACAACAUACAAAAUGUCGCCUGAUCAUCUCCUUGGCAUAUGUGGAUAAAAUAUUCAUCAGCACAUCAUAUCACAGCAGUGACCAUUGCAGACACUCCAUUGACAACAAGAGUGGAACAGUUGCCAGAUGGCUCAACAUGUUAGUUAAGUUAAGUUGGAUAUUGAUUCAUACUAUACAGAUUUUUGUGAAUGUGGACGACUAGUAAUUUAAGUUAGUUAUUCAAAAUGUGUACGCAUGAAUGACCUUAAUGUCGCUACAACUGAUCUGUCACAAAGACAACGGGGAAGACGGUGCUGCUGGGAAAUCUCAUUUCCAAUCUAGAAGAUAUGAAAAUCAGAGAAAAAAUUUAUAAUAUUGUGAGUUUGCGUAAUUUCAGUUGCAAAAGACGGAUUUAAUGCACAUGUAGCAAAUAAUUAUUUGCUCUGUUGCCAUUAUUUUACCCAAAUUGUUGAAUUUUGUAACUGUUGCGCUUUUACAUUACUUCAAUAUUGGUGCUCUUUAACAAUAGUGUAUGUCGUUAUAUCAACCUCACUACGUUUCAGGUGAACAGUGUUGUACAAUGCAGUUUGGGUAGUUUUCUUUAACAGUUAAUUAGAUAUUUUAUCAUUGCUUUGGUUUUAACAAAAUCAUUGUUUUAUAAAAGUGUAGUUAUGCUACGAUGUUUUGCUUCUCAUCUAGAUUAGGUAAGAACAGGUCAAAUUAUUUUUUUAAACAGAGCACUUUAUCUUUUAAACAUCAGUAUUCUAGUUUUGCCCCCAUACUCUUUUUUUAAUUAGCCACCAAAUUGAAUUCUUAGGGCAUUUAUCUAAAAACUCUUCAGAAAGUGAAAUACAAGUUGUUUUGUUUUUAUAUACAAUGUACUAUUUAUGCUGCAACAUUAUUUAUUCAUGGAUUUCACACAUACACAGCAUGCUCAGUAAAGAGUUUCUUACCUAGCGCUUAACAAUAUUGAAUAUUUAUUUUGUUUUUCUGACGUUACCAACCAGAGAGGGAAAAUUAUUUCAUACAGGACAUAGUAUUAGAACAUUCCCAUGAAUCAUAUGAAUAAUUGUUGAUUCAUUUUAGUUAUUAAAACAACUGUAACUGUACAGUUUUUCUCUUCCAGCCUCUCUGAUGGGAGGAAAAAACGGCCUGACAAAACCACAAUAUUGUGGCGGGCAGGCAGGCUGGGUUUUGAGAACAUAUAAAAAACCUUUUAAUUACGUCUGUUUGGGUUAGACAUAAGGUUACGGUUAAGGUUAGGGCUAUAGUAUGUGCUUCAUAAAGAAACACUAUGGAAUUGUUACUUAAGGAAUCAUAGAAAGAGCGAGAAUCUGGAUUUCCAUCUUUACAUAAAAUACAAGUUUGAGAGAUUUAUAUUCUGAGAUUUAUAUUCUGAGAGAUUUAGUGAGGGAGACAGCGAUUGAAAGAAAGAUUGAGAAAGUAAGACAGAAAGAG